UUCACACAUUGUCGAGAAGAGCUGAAACAUUCUAUAUAAUACUCGGGCGCUGCACAGCCAGCGGAACAUACACACCCCAACUGCAUCCCACUCGACUCCAUAGGCAACAGCUCGACAGCGAUCCACAAAAGAGACAAGGAGAAGAAGGAAAAUAAAUAAAUAAAUAACCGCAACCAUGGCGCAGAACCUCGCAACCUCGCAACCCUCGUGGAAAAAGCUGCAGCAGCUGUACGAAUCAAAGGGCAAGUCGCUCAACCUGCGCCAGGCCUUCCAGGCCGACCCCGCUCGCUUCACCAAGUACUCGCGCCAGUUUGGCGACGCCGGGCUGGACAUUAGCCUGCUCCUCGACUUUUCCAAGAACCUCAUCGAUGAUGAUAUCUUCGCCGAGCUCCUCAGCCUCGCCAAGCAGGCUGACGUCGAGGGGCAGCGCGACGCCAUGUACGCCGGCAAGCGCAUCAACACCUCCGAGGACCGCUCCGUGCUGCACGUCGCGCUGCGCGACCUGCGCGGCGAGUUCAACAUCAACGAGGAGGGCAUCAACGAGGUCGUGCCGGAGCUCAAACACAUGCAGCAGUUCAGCGAAGCCGUCCGGAGCGGCGCAUGGAAGGGGUACACCGGCAAGCCCAUCAACGCCAUCGUCAACAUCGGCAUCGGCGGCUCAGACCUGGGGCCCGUCAUGGUGACCGAGGCGCUCAAGGCGUACGCCAAGCGCGACCUCCGCCCAUACUUUGUCAGCAACAUCGACGGCACCCACAUGGCCGAGACACUUCGCGAGUGCGACCCGGAGACAACGCUGUUCAUCGUCGCCAGCAAGACGUUCACCACGCAGGAGACCAUGACCAACGCGACAACCGCGCGCGAUUGGUUCUUGCAGAGCGCAAAGGACGAGGCGCACGUCGCCAAGCACUUUGUCGCGCUCUCCACUAACACCGAGGCCGUCACGACAUUCGGCAUCGCCAAAGAGAACAUGUUCCGCUUCUGGAACUGGGUCGGCGGACGCUACUCGCUCUGGUCCGCCAUCGGCCUGUCCAUCUGCCUCAUCAUCGGCUAUGACAACUUUGAGCAGCUCCUCGAGGGCGCACACGCCAUGGACAAGCACUACAAAACCGCCCCGCUCGACCAGAACGUCCCCGUCCUGCUCGCCCUGCUCGGUGUGUGGUACAACGACUUUUUCGGCGCACAGACGCAGGCGCUCCUCCCGUACGACCAGUACCUCCACAAAUUCGCAGACUACUUCCAGCAGGGCGACAUGGAGUCCAACGGCAAGUUCAUCGCCAAGAACGGCGAGCCCGUCGGUGUCGAGACCGGUCCAGUCAUCUUUGGACAGAGCGGAACAAACGGCCAGCACGCGUUUUACCAGCUGAUCCACCAGGGCACCAAGAUCAUCCCAUGCGACUUUAUCGCCCCGGCGCAGUCGCACAACCCGCUCGGCGAACACCACGCCAUCCUGCUCUCCAACUUUGUUGCGCAGCCCGAAGCGCUCGCCUUUGGCAAGACCGAGGACGAGGUGCGCGCCGAGCUCGGCGCCGCGGCAAGCAGCAACGACUUCCUCGUCAAGAGCAAGGUCUUCCCCGGCUCGCGCCCAUCCAACUCGAUCAUGGUCAAGAAGAUCACGCCCGCCACGCUCGGCGCGCUGAUCGCCAUGUACGAGCACAAGAUCGCAACACAGGGCUUUAUUUGGCACAUCAACAGCUUCGACCAAAUGGGCGUUGAGCUCGGAAAGGUCCUCGCCAAGAAGGUCCUCCCCAUCCUGCUCGGCAAGGAGAAGAACGAUGGCCACGACGCCUCCACCACCGGCAUCAUGGACUUCUACCUCAGCAACAAGUGACGCCUUUGCGACAUUUCCAGGCGGCAGCUCUCGCAGUUAUAGAGAUUCCCUCUGUUCCUCUUUUUCCCCGCUUUGCUCUUUUCUAGCAGCCCAAAACCGCGAACGCGCAUGCAUACCACUUUACAAUGUAUAAGCCUCGAAAUUCGUGACAAAAAUCGAUGGGAGUUCCGAUGCACA